CACAUCAAAGGUUUGGCCACAAAUUGUAAGCAACAAUGCUGCAUAGUGGAUGCCCACCCUAAUGCAUAAAUCUAUGCAUCUUGUCAUUUAGAACGUUUGAACUGUAUGACUCUGAUCAUAAUCAAUUAGUUUGGCUAAUGUUGUAGACUAGUUGGUAUUAAAUGGCUUAGACAAAUUGCUCUACAUUUUCUGGGAAUAUUUUAAAAUUGCAUGUUCAUAAUUUUAAAUUCAAACCAAAAUUAUUUUAUGGGAGUGGCUAUAAAAUUGUGGCUUGAUGAUGAUGAUAAGUGGUAGCAGCAGCAGUAGCUCCUGCUCUGCUGAAAGCUCGACUGAUGAUGAAUAUUACGAAAGGAUUGUGACUAAAAGAAAGAUAAGAAAAAUGAAAAUGAAAUCCAGUACAUCUCAUAUUCAGCAACAGACUAACGUUCAGUCAAAAAAACCUCGUAAUACAGAAGGGCCCCAGUCUGUGAUAGUGCAGCAAUACACUUCACCGAUAGCCAUUCCACCAGAAGUAACAGUUACUGAAUCAGGAGUGUAUGCUAACAGUGUAAUAGGCAGUGGAGUGAGGUAUGGUCCAUACAAGGGAUUGAAAAUAGCAGAAGAUGAGCUAAUGACAGAAACUGAUGACAUUAGCUGCCUUUGGGAGAUCAAGUGUUGCGAGUCCACAUAUUAUGUUGAUGCACAUGAAGAGAGUAACAGCAACUGGUUGAAAUAUGUCAAACUUGCACGAAACGACAAUGAACAGAAUCUCAUUGCAUUCCAACAUCGAAGGAACAUAUAUUAUCUGACCAUAAAGCCAAUAGGCCCAGGUGCUGAGCUACUAGUGUGGUAUGGUGAUCAAUACAUGACAGAGAUAGAUGGUGCUAAUAAUCCCUAUAAAUGUAGAGUUUGUUGCAAGACUUUCACUUCUUCAGCGGGUUUGAGGUAUCAUCUCAACUACAAAAAGAAGAAUAAUUGCACCUCUGUGUUUGCUCCUCCUUAUUUCACAUGUCAGUCCUGUAGUAAAGGAUUUCCAACACUCUUCCAGUAUCAUACACACAUUAGGAAUAACUGCAAAAAAACUGGAGAAUUAAAAAAAUCUGGAGAAUUACAGAAAUGCGAGUUGUGUGGAAAACUUUUCCUAAAUCUGAAAAGACAUCAAGUACUGAUGCAUCAUUCAGACAAGCCGCCAUUCCAGUGCUCAAUGUGUGAUAAAGCGUAUUUUUUUGCAGGCAUGCUUACAAGACAUUAUAACACUGUACACUGAAAAGUUUGUAAUUGACAUGUAUGUACUCAAUACACAUGGCUUUUAUCAUUUUAAUCAUUUUAGUUCCAACUUUUAGUGUUGUCUCUGUUAUUUCAUAACUUUCAUUUAUCUUAUUUGCAACUGAUCCAUUAUUA